UGAAGUGUGCUGGAAAUUACAGUCAUGUUUUUGAUGCGUUUUUACAUGAAAAACUCCCCCGAACAGGAAAGGCAUAUUAAUUAAAAUCGAAACUUUGUGACAGUUGGUGCUGUCGUCUACAGAGACGAUUAGAUCUUAUGAAAAUGAUAUGCAAUUGACUCACUCUAACACAGAAUCGAUUGGGACUAAUACUGAUAACGACGUACUCAUUCAUCGGGACGAUAACUAUCUCUUUUCAUUGAUGAAAAUCCAUAGAGCUGAAAGGGACAGCAAAACAAAUGGUCUGAAAAGUUAUUAAGUGUAAUGGCGACCGAAGGAGUUAACUACCGGAUUGGUUUUUCUUCUUUUCUGUUGGUGCUUAUUCUAAUAGGGAACGGGCUGGUCAUAUCUUCGUAUCACUUCAACUCACGGGUUCGCACAGCUACAUAUAUUUUGAUCAUAAGUCUGGCUGUUUCAGAUGGACUUAUUGGUGGUGUUACGCUACCGCUAUGGAUCUACGUAGCGACCGUCAGAAAGUGGAACAUAAGCAAGGCUCUGCAAGUGUUUUAUUUAUCGUUUGAUAUUUUCAGCGCACUUGCUUCGACUUUGCACCUCACGGUUAUUAGUAUUGAACGUUUUGUGGCAAUAUCAAGGCCAUAUCUCUACCACACUCUGCGUCCUAGGGUGUACACAAUUUCUAUCGUGGCUAUCUGGUGUAUAUCAUUAUUGCUCUCCGGUAUAUAUACACUUGCAAAACUCUAUCCCCAAAAUGGAGGCAUUAAUUAUUUGAGGAUCUACACGCUUUCAUUUAUUUUUGUCUUCUUUAUUGCGCCGCUCAUUAUGAUCACCAUUAUAAACAUCGCAAUAUUCUUCAUCGUUAAGAAGUUAACCCGAGGCCAACCAGCAAGACAUCAAUCCCAGAGACGCGUUGCGCAAAGCAGGAGAGCACUGCGCAAAGAAUACAAAACCGCUUUGACUUUAUUUGUGGUGACGGGGUUAUUCUACGCGGCAUGGCUGCCAUUCUUUGUGGUGACUUUAUUGUCCAUGUUCUGUCGAGCUCAAUGCCUCCCAUCAGACACUAACCAACUCCUUCUUCUAAUGGAGCUGAUAAAAUGGUUACAGUACAGCCAGAGCGCGUUUAAUCCUUUUGUUUAUGCGUUUCGAGACCGUGAAAUGCGUGUAGCCUUUUUGAGGCUUUUUGUUUGGUGCGGAAGACGGGCUCGUGUUUUUCCGGAAGGAUUUAAAUUGAAUUCAGUCAUGAAUCGUACUCGUAAUUCAUCCAACCCUCAAGCAUGCAGCUAUCCGAUCCCUUCAGAAAGCGUCCCAGUGAAGACUACCAACCAAGUGAAGUUAGCAGAGAUGCCUCAAACAAAGGGGUUUACAAUUGAAAUUCUCAAUGAGAAUUUGAAUAGAGAUAUUGAUCCAGGGACUGAAUAGAAUCCCUGAUACCUAAAUAUGCUUUAAAGUGUACAUUGGGUUUUUGUCGAUAGACCAAGUCAUAAAACUGUCACUGAGCGAACGACAAUGAUGUCAAAACGCGUUGUCGCGCGCGACAAGAAGAAUAACGAUCCCAGUCUAAAGUCAAUGACACCUGACCCAAACACUGCUACUUGCUCGAUAUAUUUAAUCCAAAAAAUAGCAAAGAAGAAUUUAAUCUACAAAGUAUUAACCAUAAACAAUGACUACUAACGAAAAAUCGACUUGUUGCUGUACACUGAUUUUUAAAAGAAUAUACAUGAAAGUAAACGUUUGCAUGGUAGUCACCUGAAUCUUGUUUUUUACGAUUUGCACAACCACCGUGUUUCUCUCAAAGAGAAGGCCUAGAUUUUCUAAUAUUUAAAAUUUUUUUAAACUUUGUGUUUAGGAGGAAGAAGAGGGAUCGAAAAAAAUAGGCACUCAUUUCAAGAAUCCUUGUUUGAAGAACGGUUUUGGGCGCCUCAAGACUGCUUAUUUUCAUUCUGGAAAAAAUAAUGAGUUUGCAAGUGUUUAAGACAAAAUCCGAUUUGAAAUCCUUAUCCUCCUUCUUUUUCUAUAAAACGGCUAUUGUCGAGGAGGCAAAAGAUAAAAUUUUCGACGGCGUUUCUGAUGAUUUUUUUUGGUAACAAAAAAAAGAUUGACACAUAAUAUCAAUAAAAAACAAACAGCAAGCCACGUAUACAACCGACUUAUUAAAAAAAGGGAAAUAUGAAAACAUUUCCAGUUUAAUAACAUCGUUUGGAAUUUCUGUAUAAAUUAUGAGGAUUUUUGUCGCUCAAAAAACUAGAAAAUUCAGAGAAAUGCUAGUAAACUUUUAGUUAAAAAAAUCGUAUGUAUUUUCGUAACGAUUCUUUAGGUGUUUAUUCGUGAUGUUAGUAAAAACAGCGGCCAAGACUCCACUUUUAUUGUCUCGAUAUGAUUCAAAUCUGAUAUCCUGAAAUGAGUGUAGCUUUACUAAAAGCAACCAGCCCAUUCCAUUAGCGAGCUCAUUAGUUUUAUCAUUUUAACGAAAACAGAACAAAAGACAGGAACUUUUUGUUAGUAGGAUUUUAGAUUCUGUUUUAAUCCCAAUUUUAAGAUAACAUUCAAACUCUUUAGUAGCGUUUGCUUUGUAAUCAUUUUUUCUAUAAUCCAAUGUUUGU